AUGAAAUUAAUUGAUAACCAGUUGGAAAGGGUGAAGAUUGUAGGCACUAACAAAACAGAAUGUGGUUGUUCAAUUAGAACAACUCAUGGAUUACCAUGUGCUUGUGAGUUGGCUAAGUUGCAGAUAAAUGAGAAAGUGAGAACCAAAGGAGCUGGUAAAAAGAAAAAAGAAUUUGAUACUCCUCGUGAUCCUUCAUAUUGGGAGUAUGUUGAUGCCUCUCAAGAAUCUGCAAAGGCAAGGCAACCAUCUCAAUCAUCUCAACGUUCUGCAAGGCAACAAUCUCAAUCAUCUCAGCAUUCUUUUAAGACACAAUUUCCUACUUAUAUACGUCCGUAUAUUGAGGACAUAGUAGAUGUUGUGGCUGAUGGAAAUUGUGGGUUUCGUGCAAUUGCAGCAUUGCUAGGUUGGACCGAAGAAUCUUGGGCUUUAGUUCGAUCACAAUUGGAUAAAGAGAUUGGUCUACAUAAAGAUGUUUAUUCUAAUGUUUUUGAUGACAAUGUUGAAUCAGUGCGGAACUCAUUGAAAAUAUCAAAAUUGGGUGCUCAAGGAAAAGAUAAGUGGAUGUCUUUACCAGACUUGGGUUACGUGAUAGCAACACUAUAUAAUGUCAUAUUGGUGUCGUUGUCUCGUAAUCUGAAUAUGACAUUUUUCCCGCUAAACAAAUCACCAUCGAAAGAGACCUUUGGGCAGUCUUUACUAGCAAUUGGAUUUGUUAACGAGAAUCAUUGGGUACAGAUCAAAUUGAAGUCUGAUUGUCCAUUGCCACCUACGUCACAAAAAUGGAAAGACUUUUGUAGUGACACAGCAAAGAGUUGGGAAGUAGCUUAUGCAGCACGUAUGAAGCAUUGGGAACGCAUUGAUCCAUCAUUUAUCAGAUCAUCUUGUAUUUCAUUAAAUGAAGAUUAGAAUAUGUUGUGUAUCUACGUUUAUGGAUUAUUAUAAUAUUUUGUUUUAUCA